UGCGGCGUCGGGAUUUGUGAGCGAAAGGAGGCGGAAGCUAGCAGUAUUGGGGAAUAUGCGAUCUGCGUCUGCGGGAGAAGCGGGUCUGUUGUGGACUUUGCUUAUCCUUGGAUAUGAGUGGAGUUUAAUUUCUUCUUCACAGUCUAUCUGCUAAACGUAUGGCUCCACCGGGACGAAAUCUGUGAUAAUACAAGCUGUACAGAAAGGUGUGCAGUGGAAAGAAGAUGCUGGAACCAUAGCAACUGCCUCCCGAAGUGGGCAGCACACUGACAGUAAUCCGAGUAAGUGCAGCUCAUGCCCCUCCCUCAUUAGACAACAAACUCAUCAUCAAAAGGCAUUUUAACUGGGUUACUAUGCAAGAAAGAAGAACCAGUGUAACAUUUGAAAAAAGACAUGGAAGAAAAAACGAUAGCAUUAGAAAUACCAGACAUUUUGAAGAAAAAGCUAGAAGAAGACUGCUAUCUCAUAAACAAGAGGAAACGGCUGGUAAAACUGCCGUGUCAAACCAACAUCAUUACUAUUCUUGAAUCUUAUGUGAAACAUUUUGCUAUCAAUGCAGCUUUUUCAGCAAACGAGAGGUUCCGUCACCAUCAGACAACUAGUGUUAAUAUGAAUCUUCAUUAUAUCCCACCAGAAAAGAACGUUGAACUUUGUAAAGAAAUGGUUGAUGGCUUGAGGAUAACAUUUGAUUUUACUUUACCUUUAAUACUACUUUAUCCAUAUGAGCAAACACAAUAUAAAAAGGUGACGUCGUCAAAGUUUUUUCUUCCUAUCAGAGAAAGUGCAUCUAUUUGCCAUAGAUAUCAGGAGGAAGUAUCGCCAAGUCCACCACUUUUAAAUCCACCAACUCCACAGUCAACUGACAGUCAGCCUACAACAGGGGAGCCAGCCACUCCUAAAAGACGAAGAACAGAGCCAGACAUUUUGCAGUCUUUGAGACGUUCUACAAGGCACAGUACAAGCUGUGAUAGAAUGUCAGAAAGCAGUGCCUCUCCACAACCAAAACGAAGACAUCCAGAAACUCCAACAUCAAUGCCAAAGCUUUUUCUACAUUUAGAAAAGAAGACUCCUGUACAUAGUGGGUCGUCUUCACCAAUCACAUUAACGCCCAGCAAAGACGGAAGUUCUGUAUUCUCUGGAUUAGAAGGUCGGAGAAAUAAUGAGCUCAAUGAGGUGUUGUCUUGGAAACUAAUGCCAGAAAAUUACCCUCAAAGUGAUCAGCCACCUCCUCCAUCUUACAUUUAUGGAUCACAACACCUGCUUCGAUUGUUUGUGAAAUUUCCAGAAAUAAUGGGAAAGAUGAUGUUCUCAGAUAAAAACUUAAAGGCUUUGAUCAAGCACUUUGAACUUUUUCUAAGAUUCCUUGCAGAAUAUCAUGAGGAUUUCUUCCCAGAAUCUGCUUAUGUAGCUGCCUGUGAAGCCUAUUAUAGUACCAAAAAGCCACGAGCAGUUUAUUAACGUCACUGAGUACAGACUUUGUUAUUAUUUUUCCUCUCAUAUUACAAAGUAUUUAACUUCUGAACAUUAUUCGGAUUAUGGUGAAGUUUUAUGACUUCUCAAGUUUUGCUUCUCAACAAAGUAGUCUUUCAGGCUGAUCAUUGCUGAACUUUGUAUAUAAUUUGUAAUGUUUUCUGUUUGCUGUGUCAACUGUUAUAUUGUCUUAUUAAAUUUAGGCAAAUCAAGCUACUUUGCAUGUUUUUACUGUCAUUAAAAACUUGAAUUUGUUACUUACAUUAACGCCCAGUUACAAGACAAUAAGCCCUGAAAAACUAGCCGCUCAUCUGCUUCAAUAAAUUGGUUUGCAAA